UGACAUUGACAAAAGAAAAUAAAUACUGAGUGUUUUCUUGAUGGUUCAGUUGGCUGCAGAUUUCUUUAUUUUUAGUGUAAUUUUAGUUUAGAAUUUUCAGUGAGUUUUUGCAAUAAAGAACGUGGAAUAAUGGAAGGAUCUUCGCGCUCAGAAGACAUAAAAACUGUUCAACUAUUAGCCAAAGGUGUUAUGGAAAUAUACGAACCUCCACUUGCCACUAUAAAUACUCAUUUAAAAGAAUUAACGGAAAAACAAGAGACUGUUCAUUGCAUGCUAACAUCAGAGAGAAGAAAACUGGAAGAUCUACAAAAUGAUGCCAUGCUUGAUGCUAUGCUAGCAGACAUAGCAACAAACAGAGAGCAAUUAGUGUCCAUUACAAGCUCCAUGAAGGCAAUGCAUAAAAGAGUCCAAACAUUGCAGACAAGAGCUACAAAUGUAGAGAAAGCAGCUAAAAGUAGAGCCAGCCAGAGUCAAAAUCAACCCUCAAGGUAACACAAGCCAUAAGGUAAAUAUUUUAAAACAACAUUCCCAAGGAGAGUUCAUGUCAAGCAGGCGGCCUGUUUAUUGCACCCGUCCGAAGCCGGGGCGUAAUAUAUAAUUACAUAAACUGUCAUAAAACUGAACAUUGUGCUAAAACUGUAUAUUGUUCUGCUGGGUUUCUUGUUUUUAGUGUGAUAAAAUGUUUGUAACAAGAGUACGCUAGGCGUGACUCUGCCUUUUUAAUUAUCUUAAUUAUGUAUACAUAAUGGAAUUAUAAAAAAUAUUUUAUUGUGUUAAAAAAAUAUAAUUAUAGAUCACAUAAUAUAAAAAAACAAAUGAACCAAAUAAAAUAAAAACUUUGUUUAAAAUUCUAAUGGCCGUUAGAAUUUGAAGGCUGCAGGUGCCUUAGUGGUUGGUUAGACGAAAAUUUUACUUUAUGCUCUAGAGCAUAAAAUCGAAAUUUACGUCGCCUACAUCCAAGCAAAAUGGAGCAAUUUUCGAGCAAGAGAAGUGAAAAAAAUAUUUUUUAUACAGACUGAGGCUGAAAUUAAACAAAAACAAAUACUUUCCAAUAUUUAUUUACUUUGAUUACAAUAUUUAUUUUCGGUAAUAAAUUAUGUUAUUGAUUCGUUAUCGUAAUUGUAACAGAUUUAAAAAAAUACUUCGUACUUAUUGUAAUAUUUUAUGUUUAAAUA